CUGCAGAAGACUCGCACUUCGUCGCCCUUCCUGCGCCCAAGCCGGUCGAGGUGCCACUCUCCUCCGGCAGUCCCACGGUGGCCAAAGUAAUGCCGGCAGACAUAACAUCGAAAUAACGUUCUCAGACUGGGUGCAACAAACUUGACGCAGGCGAAGUCGAAGUCAAAGUCGAACCUGCUGGAUAACCUGAUCAGGACGCUGCACGCCAACUUGUAGAUGAUUGUUAAUAAUGCCAGCCAGGCGGGCCCAUUCUGAACCGUAUCUUGAUGUAAUCAUAUAUAAUUUAUUGUAGUAUGUUUCGAUUCGUUUCGAAAAUGAUGCACCUAUUAUGUGCGUGUACCCGGGCUACCCCGAUUCCUAUCCAUAAAAUCACAAUUAUAAUCAAAUCAAAUGCCUCGCUCCCGAAAUCUGUCACUUCGUCAGGCGCAGCGCAAGGUAACUGACCAAGAGGAGAAGGUACGUCUGGCUCAAGUCAAGGCCGAAGCCGCUCUGGAGCAGAUGGAUGAGUUUGAGAAGCGCGCCAAGCAUCAAGUAGGCACUCAAACCAAACGUAUCCGUGCCCAGAGUGACAAUCAUUUGCUUCAGAUGAAAAUAUCGGACUUUUUGAAUCUGAAGUUGAAAUAUUUCACCGACUACAAGUGGAAGGGUCCCGAGCCAUCAGACAGCCGAGCUCGCAACAACUCAGUAAGCACCGAUCGCGGACGGUGCCGCACUCGCCAGUGCUCCCAGCUGCCGCGCCCCAUCGUACAAUAGUUGGACAGAGGUCAUUUGAAGCGUGAAGGGACCCCCCAGAAAGAGCCACCCAUGCCGUUCGUAUGUUGGCCGCACGCCGGGGAGUUGAUGCUCUCCACCAGCGGCAGCCAUGCACAAGAGGAGAACGGUGCCGACGUGCACAUACUCUGCAAGAAGGGUCUGAUCUCGGUGAAGCCCUUUUGAAUGAAGGUGACCCGUGAGAUGCUGGACGCGAAUGCACUCAACCAAGUGAAGGCAUUGCAGGAAAAUCUAGGAGUGAUUGUGGACAUGGACACCAAAAUCGGGAAGAUGUAGGAUGUAUGACGAUCGAAUUAGCAAUGCAGGCACAAAUAUUUUACGCUUAUUUCGUUAAUAUUUUAUUGAGACUUUUUCCGUUUCAUAUUCUCAAUGGCUUUGUCGAUUGCUUUGGUUUUAUAAUUAAUUCAUAAUUAUA